AUGCCAAGGCGCAACAAAGCUGCUUCACAGCGUAUGCCUGAGCGGCCCCGCUCUCGCCUUGAGCCUGUGACGCCUGUGAAGCGGUCUCAAAACCUCCCGAAAGUCAGAGGAGAGAUGAGUGACGCUGUGCCCGAGGCGACUCACAUAACAAAAGAACAGCAACUUGCUACUGGCGAUCGGCGAAAACGCAGCACCCGAUCGCAGCUGGAGGCUGCCAUGGCGAAAGCCGAAUCGGGUAAAUACAUUCGAGAUGCGUAUGGUAACGAAUUGUUCGUACGAGAUGAAGUUGAUUUCGACCAUAUGGACAGAGGCGUUGUGUAUGCCUACAAAUCUAAUAUGUUUCGUGUACGUUCUCAUGACGAGGACUUCUCAGGAUCACAGCCACUCGAUCUUCUGCACAAUGCUAUGACAGCCCUUCGUCGGGAAGAGAUGCUGUUGCGUGGCCUUCAACAACGAGUGCCAUCUCGCUGUGGCUAUGAAGUCCAGGCUAAUAGAGACCAAGCGCUCCGUGACUUCAUCGGCAUAGAGCCGGCUGGUGAUUUGGAGGGAAUAGGCCUGCCUCUCCAGCCCGCUCGCCGAAAUUGCGCACCAGGGCUGGUUUCUUAUGAAGGAGAAUCGGACAUCUCCUGGCAAGUUGAGGGUAUGGAAGACGGCGUCGCCAGCGCACUUCCCAACGAGGUUGAUCAACCACCAUUUAUCAACUGUAUGGUGAGGGCUGAUAGUGGCAACGACAAUGCAGAGCACAUCGAGGCCCCAGCUCAUGGGCAGAGGAUGAUAUCUUUGUCACCAUGCUUCAUGAAAACUCCUCUAGGAGGACGACGGAUGAUUGAUCGUAAGCGCAAGCAAGAGCAUGCCGAGCUCGAUGAGAACGACGGAGACGAUGCAACAACGGCUACGUUUCGCAGUGGCAACAAAAAGCUACGGUCGACGGAAGAGACUGGAAACCGAUGUUCAGUUGCUACAACUGGCGUAGGCCUAAACUCGAGGCGGCACGCUUCAAGCACUGAAUUCCGAGUUGACCUUGACCAUCCCUCUUCCUCCACACCACAGUCGACCGAGCAUGCGACUCCUGCAGACCGUGGCAAGCCCGGUCCGCCCAUAGAGGCUAGCAACGAUCCGGGACGGAGGCAUGACAAGCGCCCACACACUGAGCAGGUGACCUCUGCCUACAAGGGCUCACAUGCCAGCGGAAAGAAGAGCCAUAAUAUGCUGGAGCCACGUGACGAAUGCUCGGAUGUACGACAAACUCGCAGUAACGGCUGGCUGAACAUUCACAAACCCCAAUGCCAAGGAGGCGUCCAGGGCGAUUCAAAUCAAAGCAAUGGAUCUUCAGACAGCUGCGUUGGUUUGCCCGAGGAGGAACCUCUUUUGUGCAAGUGGAGAGCUUGUCGCCGCAGUCAGGAUGAUUUCAAGACUCUGAAAGAGCUCUACCAACACAUCGGAACCGCGCAUUACGGCAGAGCUUGUGAGUGGGACGGUUGCAACAAAGUCUUCGCAACCCUCUCAAGACAGUAUGAACAUGUCCUGAUACAUGUGCCGUAUCGUGCACACCAGUGCCAUGUGUGCGGUAAGACUUUCAAGAUGUACGGGAACCUAAACGUACACUAUCGCAACGAGCACAGUAUCGAUGUUCAUGCGAACCAGACGAGCUUGGACUACUCUGCACCGCCUGAGACAAAGUCUGCAUCCACCAAGGACGUCGUUGAUGCUAUGGAGGUCGUUGAUCCAUACCUUCGACCCGACAACGGUCCUUUUGAAAUGACGAGGAGACUUUCAACGUUUGACCAGUAUGUGAAUACUGCUCCUCAACCUUCUGUCGCCAGACAGAUAGUAAUUCCUGAGGUCAAUCAUCUCACACAUCGACUAGCGGAAGGUUCAGUUCUUCUGCACGGUGAGGGGACCGCGAGUGCUUCGUCUUCGGAGCAGGGAACCCCCGAACGUGAUUCACCUGAAGACGAACCUGCCGAUGACAGCGUGACUCGCUCGGAUAGGGAUUGUGAUGAUAAGCAUAAUUCCGGAUCAGAUCCUCCGCACAACAUGUGUAAGGGUGAGGCGGACUCCCCCGGCUACUUCUCUUCUACUGGUCGUUCCGCAGGUGCGCACAGUGCUGGCCAAAACCAGAGUCUCCGUGAUGAAAGUUUGGAUGCGGACUCGAAACUCCAAGCGGCGCUUUCAAACGCAGAAAUGCUCCCCAACGGCAAGAUUGCCUGCUGUGUUGAAACUUCAGAGACGGCGGCCUUGGAGUCAGCUCAAGCCGCUUUUCGUUAUCAGGGAAGAACGCCCAUUCGAAGAGAAAUUGUAAAAUGGCAACAAAUAGUUGAUGACAUCGCUGCCGGUACGCUUGAAUCAUGGGCUGAGUCUCGAGUUCGAAAAGCACAAACAGAUCUGUCGCAGUUCGAACUUGCGAGUAACACGAAAUCCAAGUGCGACGACCGCAGACUAGUCCUCCAACAAGAGCUUAAAAUGGCAAAAUUUGCGCUGGAGCGCGAGCACCACUACUAUCGCGAUGUCUAUGGCGCAAUGGAAGCUGUUCCGAUAAUAAAUUGUCUCCAACUCUCUCCAGCGGACGUGGCCAAACCUUCUAGGCAGCCCAGAUGGGAAGAUGAAUACGGGUUUCGGCCCAUUGCCGUUGUAUUCGAGUUUUUCUCCCUUGCAACUCUUGUCAAGAUGGUACGGGUGCGGCAGGAUGCCAUCGAGAUAUGGACCGAGACGUCCAAAAGAUCACCGGAGGAUACAGCUUGCUAUCAGAAGAAGAUCGAUUACACUGAGAAACAAGUCAGCUGGAUCAGGAGAGAGAUGAGUCGCCGCGAGAAUCAUUGA